AGUAACACAACACCAGGAUACCCACUGCCAUAAAACACCAGAGAAGAAGAAGACGACGACAAAUUAUGUUAAUACUUUCGGUGUACUUUGCAGCCGCAAUGCAAUCGUUUUUUAUGUCAAUUUAAACAAUUUAGUGAAACACAAAACGAACUGAUUGAUCUUUGAUCUACCUAGUAAGCUUCGGCGGUGUCAUUGUAACUGAAACAUGGAUAUUCCCAAUCCUCCCGAAGAUCAAGAGCUGAGGAAUGUGAUUGACAAGCUGGCCCAGUUUGUCGCCCGGAACGGGCCAGAGUUUGAAAAGAUGACAAUGGAGAAACAGAAAGACAACCCCAAAUUUUCCUUCCUCUUUGGGGGAGAAUUUUUCAGCUACUACAAGUGCAAGCUUUCUAUGGAGCAACAGCAGCAUCCCUCUACCUUCGAUGGGGAGGAGUAUAAAUCUGAAGAUAUGUACAACCCAGGCGCCAAAGAUGUGGUUGAUAUCCCUCCUCCCCCAAUGGCAAUGAUUGCACCACCCUCCAUUCCUCCACCUGCCGCACCCUCUAUUGAUGAGCUUAUCCAGCAGAGCCAGUGGAAUCUGCAGCAGCAGGAGCAGCAUCUGCACACACUCAGACAGGAGCAGGUGACUGCAGCAAUAGCCAUGGCUAUGGAGCAGCAGACCCAAAAGCUGCUGCUUGAAACUCAGCUGGAUAUCACAGAAUUUGACAACCUGCUGCAGCCUAUCAUUGAGACCUGCACCAAAGAUGCUAUAUCUGCUGGUAAGAACUGGAUGUUCAACAAUGCCAAGACUCCACCCCAUUGUGAACUGAUGACAUCACAUCUUCGCAACCGCAUCACUGCUGAAGGAGCCCAUUUUGAGCUCCGCCUACAUCUCAUCUAUUUAACCAAUGACGUUCUCCAUCACUGCCAGCGGAAGCAGCAGAAGGAUUUGCUUGCAGCUCUGCAGAAAGUUGUGGUUCCCAUCUACUGCACCAGUUUCCUGGCUGUAGAGGAAGAAAAGCAACAGAAGAUCACCAGGUUGUUGCAGCUCUGGGAGAAGAAUGGGUACUUUGAUGAGGAGACCAUUCAGCAGCUCCAGAAUCCAGCACUGGGCCUUGGCCAGUACCAGGCAUCUUUAAUAACAGAGUAUGCUGCGGUGGUGCAACCGAUCCAAGUGGCCUUCCAGCAGCAAAUCCAGGCUUUGAAGACCCAGCAUGAAGAGUUUGUUGCUAGCCUGAAGCAGCAGCAGCAGCAGCAGCAACAACCACCACAGACUGCCCCUGCAGCACAGCAAGCUACCCCUGCUGAGCCUGAAAAGGCCCCACCUCUGACCACACAAACUGGGGAUGUCAAGCCCUCCGUGUCAGGUCGUCCUCCCGAGUUUGAUGGCGCUUCCUCCAGAACACAGGACUCCAGCAAUCCCAGUGGACCCUCAGAUAUCUCCUCCAACAAGCCUGCGUGGUAUGACCCCCAGCACAUGGGCCCCUGGAACCCCAACCAGCCGCCUCCUUUUGAUCCAAAUCAACCUCCCCCUCCUUGCCCUCCCUGGAACAGCCAUGAGGGGAUCUGGAAUGACCAGAGAGACCCAGGGAACUGGAGUGGAGGUCCGCCCAGAGAAGGAGGUCCCUGGAGUGGUCCGGGUGGGUCAGAACCUGGCCCUCCAUCUUGGAACUCGUAUGACCAGCAACCGCCAUGGGGGAACCAGCCUGAGCAGCCACCCUGGGGCCAGAGGGAGCCCCCAUUUCCUCCACGCAUGCAGAGACCUCCCCAUUUUAGGGGACCCUUCCCUCCCCACCAGCAGCCACCUCCUUUCAACCAGCCUCCUCCACCACCACACAGUUUCGGACGCUUCCCACCACGCUUUAUGCAGGAUGACUUUCCUCCCAGGCACCACUAUGAUAGGCCACCAUACACCCCCCACCACUUUGACUAUGCUCAGGGAGAAUAUCCUGGAGACAUGCCAGGUCCUCCUGCCCAUCACCAUCCCAAUCAGAGGCUCCCUCCCCCAGGUAUGGGGGCUGAUCAUCCACCCUGGGGUGGAGGCCAGCAUCCAGAAUUUGGCCCACCUCCGCAUGGCUUCAAUGGCCAUUCACCACAUGUACGUCAUCGGCAGCAUCCUGUCCAAGAUGACCCCAGUCUGGUGCCCAACGUACCCUACUUUGACCUGCCAGCUGGUCUCAUGGCUCCGCUGGUCAAACUUGAGGAUUGUGAUUAUAAACCUCUGGAUCCUAAAGACAUCCGCCUGCCCCCUCCCAUGCCACCUAGUGAUCGGUUGCUAGCUGCUGUAGAGGCCUUCUACAGCCCUCCAUCACAUGAUCGGCCUAGGAACAGUGAAGGCUGGGAGCAGAAUGGCUUGUAUGAGUUCUUCAGGGCCAAGAUGAGAGCCAGGAGGAAAAAGGGACAGGAGAAGCGCAACAGUGGUCGAGGAGGCAGUUGCUCCAGGAGUCGCUCUCGUAGCAGAGGAAGGUCUUCAUCUCGUUCCAGCUCUCACUCUUCAAAGUCUUCCAGGUCAAGGUCCCACUCAUCUCAUUCCCGCUCCCGAUCUCGCAGUCGAUCCCGCUCCUACUCACGAUCCAGGUCCAGGAGUAGAUCCAGGUCAACUCGAAGUCGCUCUCGCUCCAGAUCCAGAUCCCGUUCGCGUUCACCCACCAAGAGACGCCGUGGCCCCCAGUCUCAGAGCUCCUCCCCUCCCUCCACAUCAGUGUUGGGUGGUCCCCCCUCCAAGCUGCCUGUAGAUAACAGGCUAGGAGAAGAGAACAAGGGCCACCAACUGCUAAUGAAGAUGGGCUGGAGUGGUUCAGGUGGUUUGGGGGCUAAAGAACAGGGCAUCCAGGACCCCAUCAAAGGAGGUGAUAUCAGGGAUAAAUGGGACCAGUAUAAAGGUGUGGGGGUGUCACUGGAUGACCCUUAUGAGAACUAUCGCAGGAACAAGAGCUACAACUUUGUCGCCCGCAUGAAGGCACGAGAGGAAGUCAAUCGGGAACCUCAGGACACCCCUUCAACUGAGUGAUGUCAUCAACCGGUGUCAAAGAACCUCCUUAUCCUCCCUGUCACCACCUCCACCAAGGACCUGAUUUGUACUGUUAGUUUUUCAGGCAGGUUUCUUGCCUGAGAUAUUUUCUUGUCCUCAGAAACCAGAGUGACAAUACAAAGCACCACCACACUUGUGAAGCCUGUGAAGUACAAUGCCUUUUUGCUCUUUGCUCUGUCUAGAGCUUGCUGAGUUUGGCCAAGCAAAAUGUACCACAAUUGCAGAUAGAACAGUGAGCACAUGUAACAGUACUGUUCCACAGUACUGAACCAGGGUUUUUAAUUCAGGAGUCUUUGCUGAGACGCUCAAACUACAGUCUAAUGAAAAAGGGGAUUGCAGCACUCAUACAUCACACCUCAACAUUUAGAAUAGCAGCAGAAUAAACGAGACAAAUGGUAAAAAAUAGAUAAAUAAAAGUUGACAAUAUAAAACAGUAAAAUGCUCUUUUCUAAGUGAGCGGGCCCUCUAAUUUAUACAUACAUGUCAAUAGUUGAAUGAGGAAAUAUACAUUAUUUUAAAUUGGGUUUUACACAAUUUUCAUUCUUAGGUUUCCUAAAGGAUUAGUUCACCCAAAUAAAAAAAAAAUCUCAUUUCCCCAUAAUGGUAAGUUUUGUUUCAGAAAUAAUGUGUGCUCACUAAUCCACAGUUUUAACAAUGGAAGUAUUUUCUGAAGAAUAGUUAGUCCUAAUGAAAGCGCCCAACUGUGGGUGGUAUCACAAAUGUUAUUGGUGGAUAUCAGUAGUUGUGUAAAUAUAACUGAAGAUAGAUAUAUUCUAGAUACCUCUAGCAGUAAGUGGAAUGUUUUUGUCAUUUGUGUGAACUUACCCUUGAGGAUUAAAAGUAGAAUAUGAUGUGGCUGUUUUUUUAAUUAUAUUGGUUUUUCAGUUGCUUUUUGAUUCUUCAUGUAAUGACUUCAUCUAUGGAGAUGUGUACUUCUGACAGUUAGUUAUAGUAUUAAAAGAACAAAACAAAUCAUAAAUAUGAAAUCAAUUUUUCUUAAUCCAUAAACACACUGUAGAGACAUAACCUAAAUAAAUCCUCUGAC